AUGUCGUUCCUCAUGCGCACCGUCCCGCUUGCGCGCUCAGUCCCACGCACCUCAACCCGCCUCUUCGCCACAACACCAACAACGCGAAAAACCGCCACCGAGACCGCAAAAGAGACAGUUGAACAAGCCACACAAAAAGCCAAAGAAGCAAUAGGUCUCGGCAGCGGCAAAUCCUCUGAACUAGCUGGAGAAGCAAAGGGCAAAGCGAGCGAGGUAGCGGGGAAGGUAAAGGGCGAAGCAUCAGAAGCGACAGGCAAGGCGAAGGGGACAGCGGAGGAAGUGUCGGCCGAGGCGAGGGCGAAGGGGCAGGAUGCAAAGGCGAAGGUGCAGGGCUCUGAUUAG